CAGGGGAAUACAGUGUGUCAACUUACAAUGUAACUGCUUGCGUUUUCGGCGCUUUGUUAACGGCACAGCUGUAUGAAUAGCCAGCGCAAAAGAGCCGCGGUUGCACCUUUUUUAAGAUUUAGACAUGUACCCAGGCCUCUACCAGCACAAAUCUAUAUACAGUCUAAACUUGUUGAAUAGGCAGCAGUCUCUUUACUUUAGUAACAAUAUGGCGACAAGUGGGGUUUCACGAUUUUCCUGAGCUGCUGGCAACAGUAGGUGAAUUAAACGCACUUAAUUCAACUAUCCGAACAAAUGAGGCACCAAUCAAGUAAAGACACGCCGAAGUGGACAAGGGGAAGCCCAGAGGUGAGGCACUCCAUCUCAAGAGACAGAAUGAGCCCUGGAAACGACCGUUAUGAAGGUAGGGGAGGUAACAAAGCGGGCCGGUCGCGCAGUCUGGAAAAGGAAGAGCGCCGGAGAGAUAGAGACGGCGGGAAGCGUUCGAGCCGCAGCGAUCAUGAGCGUGACGGUGGCAGAGAACCUUACCCCGGCGACCAUCGCUACAGUGGCCAAUUUGACAAGCAUGACAAGGAGCCAAGAUACUCAAGCUUGCGUGUCAGCAAUUUCCCUUCCCAUGUGUCAGAUAUGGCAAUCAAGGAUGCCCUGUUUCAUGAAUUCAAAAAGUUUGGGGAGGUGAAUGUGCGGGUGGCAUACAGUGGGGACGAGAGGUUCGCUUUUGUUAAUUAUCGUAACUCGGAGCAGGCACGUGAUGCCAAACAGGCCAAAGGAGAUCGCUUAACACUUUUUGCCAAGCCAUUGCGAAUUGAUAGUGUUUUCAGACGAAGGAGUAUUUCUCCAGACCAAGGCUACCCUGGAAGACAGAGCCAGGAGCCCAUGGGUGGGCGGCGCCAGCAAAACAGAAAUAUGGGGCGGGAUGGUCCCGGAGGCAGGGAUAGAGAUAAUCAGUAUGACAACCGAAGACCUUAUGGUGAUACCUACCAGUCACGUGAACGUGAACGUCAUGACCGUGAACGAGAUUUGUUGCUUCUGCCUGAAGAUGAUCCCAAAGCAACGCGCACUGUUUUUGUUGGAAAUUUAGAAGAAGGAAUUCAGGACGGUGAUCUGAGGCAUGCUUUUGAGCGGUAUGGCAUUGUGGAAGAUGUAGAUAUCAAAUACCCACCCCGUGGCCAGGGAAAUCCUUUUGCAUUUGUUAGGUUUUUGAAUCUUGACAUGGCCCAUAAGGCCAUGGUGUCAAUGUCUGGUCAGUACAUUGGUAGGAACCAGGCCAAAACAGGUUAUGGCAAGCUGUCACCAACAACGCGUUUAUGGGUAGGGGGUCUUGGGCCCUGGGUCUCCUUGGGAGUUUUGGAACAUGAAUUUGAUCGCUUUGGAGCCAUUCGCAAGAUUGAUUACUUCAAGGGGGACGACUAUGCCUACAUCCAGUAUGAAACCUUGGAAGCAGCACAGGCUGCAGCAUCAAAUAUGAGAGGGUUUCCUCUGGGUGGCCCAAAUCGUCGUCUCCGUGUUGAUUUUGCAGAUCCAGAUACUGGGAGUAGCAGGCCUUAUGCAGUGCAUUCACCCCCUCGGAGACAACUCAGAGAUGAUGGUAGUGGUUACAACAAUCGUUACAACCAGGGCCGUGAUUACCGCCGGGAUUAUUCUCCGACCCCGCAGUAUCGUGAGAGUGGGCGUAGUGACCAGUGGCAAGGAUCAGAUGGGGCAGGCUACCGUGGUGAUGUUAACCGCCGUGCUGCCAACUGGCAAGAUGACAACCGUGGUGAUCCUGAUUGGAGCCGCAGAAACUCGGACGGCGGAGCCAAGCAGUUUAAUUCUCGUGGGCAAGACAACCGACGUAAGCGUCAGGCAUCUCCAGGUGUUGAUUUCAUCAGAGACCGUCCGUCUGACAGAGGAAGACCUUUCAAGAAGCGUCGGUCUCCAGAUAGUGGCAGUACUGGAGUGGAUCGUAGGUUUGAUGGAAGCUUUGACUCGCCAGAGAGGGCAGCAAUGGGCAACACUGACACCUCCGAGUACCACAGCAGAAAACGUUACAGUGAUGAUAACGAAAGACGUGAUGGUGAUGGCUAUCGCAAUGAUAGGAGGACGUCAGACAGAGGAUACAGUUCAAAGCAGGAGAGUAGGAAAUCGGAAAAGUACGACAGCCUCAUUGAUCUUGUGAAGUACUUCCCACAGAGUUGGCAGAGCCACAUUGUCCUGAAAAAUAGUGCCUUUGCGACUGCCAUGUACUUCAUUGGCGGUGAUUUGUCUGUUGCUGAGAACCUGCUGCCAGUGGGUGGAGCCAGCGAGGAAUCACCGUUGCGGAUCACCCAGCGUCUUCGCCUGGACCAGCCUAAGCUGGACGAGGUCGGCAAGAGGAUUACAGAUGCUGGCUCUGCCGGCCACUGCUUGCUGCUGUCCCUUCCGGGGUCUUCUCAGGAGGGUAUCCCCGCUGGCACCCAGCUGCGUGCCCUGCGCAACCUGGUCUCCUACCUGCAGCAGAAGCAGGCGGCUGGCAUCAUCAGCUUACCGGUGUCGCCGGGAUCAGUGAAAGAUUACGGUGUUCUCCAUGCUUUCCCUCCUUGCGAGUUCUCCCAGAAACAGCUUUUGCGGUAUGUGCCCGGUCUGAGUGCAGACGCACUUAAUGAGGAUCAUCUUGUGGUGGUUAUCCUACGCGGAGCUGCAUAGUCAUUAUGCCGACCCCCUCCACCCAAGACUGAAUUAAAUGAGAAUGUUGUUGACAGCUUGUUUGCCUGUUUAAGAAAGUGUCUGCUUUAGUUUACUAGCUUGUUUCGUGUGGUUUUAAACAAAUAUUUUUCACAUUUAAAACUUCUUUGCAUCGUGUAUAGGCCUGUUUGUGCAGAAAAGUUAAAUUUUAGCUUUGUUUAAAUGCUUUUCAAAUUCAUGCUCUUGAAAUUAUUAACUGGCUAUACUCUGAAUGCUUUUAACAUUAGGAAUCGAGUCCUUUGUAAUCAUAUGCACAAAAUCAACACAAAUAUAUUAAAAUAGCUCAACUUUUUGCUUUAGAUUUAAAAUGACCUCCAUCAAGUGAAAAAAAAAGCGAGCUACAAAGAUUCAAUUCUCAGUUUAUUUCUCCAACAUGUACAUGAUUUCAUAAAGUUUGGAUAAUUUUGACUCUGUGAUGCAACAUGCAUAAAGCAAAUCAGUAAUGUAAAUGUAGUUAGUAUUUUCUGUAUGAUUGCACAUGUAGAUUUUAGAAUGCAGUUGCUCGGAACAAAUCGAAUAUUUGUCAAGCACAAACUGUCACCUAGUUACUGAAAUUUGAUCAGUGCAUUUUUUUUUGCAUUGGUUUGAGUACUUAGAGACAGUAAGUUUUAAGUUUAAGUUUUAAGGAUUUUUGCUGCAAAUUCUCCAACGUUACUACUGGGUACUGUGCAACAAACAUGUGGAGCGGUGUUGGAGAGAAGAUGCUUUUCUCUACUGUCUUAGUAGAGUUAAAUCGGUAUUUUCCUCCCCAAACUGAGCUUAUAGCAGCUUUCAUAGUAUGCAUGCACCAACCGACUGUCCUGAAUUCCUGAUUCUGUGUAAACUCUCAUCAAUUGUUGGAAA